AUGACUGUCGACGUAGCCCCUUCGACCAUCAACGCACUCGACAGACUCGCCACCGAUGAGACGAAAACAAAAAAAUUACUCAAUCAGCUUCUUCACCACACUCUGAUUACAACAGACUUCGAACAACUCAAAUUUGCCGCCGCCGCAUCAAGGCAGUUGCAAACGCAGAACGUCAAUCCUUCAGCGGACGCAGACACACGCCUCAUUUCCUCGCCAUACAACCAAACAGCCCAUCUCCUAGAUCUAAACCAUCUAGACACCCAGAACAGAUUGCUGUCGUUGGCAUUGGCAUCCUUCAAACCCAUCCGCGACGACUAUGCCACAGCACCAUAUCUCGAUUCAUUCAACUGGCAAGAAGUCUUCGAUCUGGUGAAAGCGUACUCACAAGCAGAAGGCCAUGUUUGGACCGCACAAUCAUUCUACGUGGUUGAAUUCCGAUCGGUGCUUAAGCCGGGUGUUGACCAGGAUCGUCUGCAUGCUUUGGAUGCGUAUUCCCAUCAGGAAGCUACUACCAGUGGCGGGUUGUUGAAGUAUUGGUUCGGGACGAAGAAUGGGAAGAGGGAGAAUUUGGCUACUUGCGUUUGGCGCAGCCGGGAGGAUGCGAGGCUGGGUGGCCUCGGACCGUGGCAUGCGAAGGCGAGAGCGGCGGCAAGGGAGUUGUAUGAGCAGAUCAUUUUUACUACCAUGAGGCUGAAUAUCGAAGAUGGGGUGACGUCUUGGAAAAUCAGUGCUUGGCAGGCUAAGGGUCACGUACAGAAGCAUUCACGGUGA